AUGCGCCCUCUUGAAUCAUCUGAUUUUCUAGUGCUCUCAGAGCAAUCAGGUCGGUGGGUGACGACUGAGUCAGGAUCCGUGAUCGCAUCAUGGACAAGCGCCUCAAUUUCCUUCCUGUUCACUGGAUCGAAGCUUGGCUUCCGCGUUGGGCCACAGACUGAGAGGAAGGACAAGGCAAACGGCGGCACUCGAAUGGUCACCAUUAUCACUGGAAAUUCAAGAGAAAGCGCCCUUCAAGACACAGCAAGCUGGAGAGCUCUUGAUCCGCAGCCUAGUUGCGAUGUUGUGAUUUUUGAUACAUGCGCAAGACACGACAGGACAUUUGUUCAAAUCGUUUUGAUCGACUGGGCGUCCCAGCUUGAGAUACAGUAUUUUUACGCAGACGAUGAGGCGAAGUUCGAAGGCUUGCCAGAAGAGGCGAAUCAGAUCCCUCGAAUCUUGCUUGUCGGAGACUCCAUCUCGUCUGCAAUGGCCGUUUCUAUUGAACAAGGAGGAGAGCUAGUACCUUUCGGCAUCCUCGACGGUUUUCCUUUCGUAGCACAAAGGCGGCUUUUGCAACGCGACCCUCCGCUCCAGGUCGCCGUCGACCUAGUCGCUUAUCCGGGCCUCAACUUAGUACGCCCAACUGAAGAGGAAAAAGAGAAGGGACACCCACUUGGAAUGGUGGACGCAUUUUUCUGGAAAUCUCCAUGGACGAAGGAGGCUUGGGUUGCUAGCAUAUCACCAAUCGUGGUCAUGAUCGAACUGGGCACGAACGACCAAUUCUUUCAAGUGCCCAAAGAGAAAUUUGGUGAUGCCUUCAUUGAACUCAUCCAGAAGCUUUUGUCCCAAUCUCAGAACUCUUUCAUGCAUGUCUGGCUUGUGCCUCCAUUCCCGGAUGAAGACACUGAUAGCCACCAGCUGAACGAAGCGAUGCCAUACAUCAUUGACCGACUGCAGAACCGAUUCGGACCUUCUAUCGAAUUCAAGAUCUGCGACUUGGUGGAAGGGCUGACAGCGAAGGAUACAGUCGAUGGAGUCCACCCCUCGCUGAAGGCCCAUCAGAGACUUGGUGAACAGCUGGCCGCUUUCAUUGAGAGAAAUCUAUUCGAGUCUACAAAAUAG